AAGGAAUACUAUCGAGGGGAACUAUAUACACGUUCUAUGCCACUUUAUACAUGCAUCGGAUGAAACGGACUGUAGUAAAAUCACGGUGUGACACCACAAGCGAAUGGCGGAGCGCCAAGUCAAAUGCCAGCACGAAAUGUUUGCCAAGCAUGUCUCGCUCGAUCCAUCCUAUUUUCCAACUUGCCACCAACAUGGCUCUUACCACACUGGUCCAAACCGCCGCUAUCGCCCAGAGGUGCGAAAAGGAAGCGGCGGGCCGUCCGCGGGUGUCCAAGACGUCCUUCAUGAUGAUCUACCUCUGCUUAUGCCUUGGAAGCAAGUUCUACGUGUCCUCGCAGCAGCAGUCGGAACUCCUGCUUGCGUCCGAGCUGUAUUAUUAUGACGACACCAACCUCCCCGUCUUCCUCCAGGACGAGCCGCCGCAGAUCUCGCCGGAAGAUGCCCAGCGCUUCCUUGCGCUGCCACAGGCGACGGAACAUCCAUUGCAUGCCGCGAUUCGGUCUGGGUCGUUGCAAAUGACACAACUGGCCCAUGAAACCUAUGAAGACGUGGAUGUGGUGUCCAUGCAGCAGCGAAAGACCCCACUCAUGCUGGCCGCGGAGUUAGGCCACGCAGACAUCGUCGCGUAUUUACUAGACCAGGGUGCCGAUGUGUUCGCAGAAGACGCCGCGGGAAACACAGCGCUGCAUGUGGCAUGCGAGGCUGGUCACGUGUACGCCACAUAUGUCCUCCUGACGGCAGGGGCGGACCUCGACCUUCCGAACGACCGCAUGCAGACGCCGGACGAUGUGGCCAUGCCGCACCUGCAGGAGCUUCUCGACACGAACGGAGUGAUCGCAGAUAGCAUUGUUCGGGGAUGGGACCGGCAGUUCAAGACCCACGGGUUUCUAGUUCCCACCGCCGUCGUGGCACGUCGAACGACGCGGUAUGCCCGCUUCCUCAAACUCGCGAAAAUCGUCGAAGAAGUAGGAAUUAUUUAAAUAGUCAACCGAAGAUUAUUAUUAUUACUUCAA